CGAUGUGCCUAUCACACUAUAUAUAAAAAACGACAGGAAGAAAAGAGGCCAUUCUGAAACAGCUGUAACAUGAAGAUUAUUGUCGUUUUAGCAGCCUUCGUUGCCUUGUGCUCCGGCCAUGCUCUCCCCUCGGUGCCGGGAGACAACAGUCACUACGUGGAGGGUGAGAGCCGCUACAUCUGGAUGCCGGACAGUGAGGGCACACCAGUGCUGGUGGACCUUCAGGAGCCCGUCGAUGAAGCUCUAUUGAGUUCCAGAAAUGGAGCCAACAACCAAUAUUGGCUUUAUACCAGACAAAACCAGAACAACGCCCAAAUUCUUGUUCACGGAAACGCAAACUCCAUCUGGGGCUCCAACUAUCUCGGAAGCCGCCCUUUAAAAGUCAUCGUUCACGGUUGGAACAACAAUGGAAACUCUCCGAUGAACCCCACCAUCACGGCAGCUUUCCUCGCCGUUCAAGACGCUAACGUCAUCGUUGUGGACUGGCGCUCCCUCGCCAACUCAGGGUACAACACUGCUGCUGCCGGCGUCCCUGGUAUUGGUCAGCAUCUCGGCAACUUCCUCGUGUGGCUUAUCAACACCGCUGGAGGCAACUGGAAUAACGUUCACUUGGUUGGAUUCAGUUUGGGAGCUCAUGUUGUUGGUAACGCUGGACGACAAGCUGGCGGUCGACCCGGCCGUGUUACUGGUUUAGACCCCGCUGGUCCUCUGUGGGGUAAUAACGGCAACGCUUUGAACAGGAACUCUGGUCAAUACGUCGAAGCCAUCCACACUGACGGCAACAUCCUCGGUAUUAUGAAUGCAAUUGCUGACGCUGACUUCUACCCGAACGGUGGUAAAAACCCUCAGCCGGGCUGCUUGCUCAGCACGUGUUCUCAUGGGCGUGCAAAUGACUUGUUUGCCGCCACUGUUCGCCACAACCACUUAGUGGGGAGACAAUGCGCCAACAUUUGGGAAGCAGAGCUCACAACUUGUUCAGGAUCCUCUCUCCACAUGGGCAACGGAAACAUGUCCAAACGCGGAAACGGAAUCUUCGGACUGAGAACUGGCAACUCUUUUCCCUUCUAAAUGACCUAAUUAUAUAUCAUAGACUGCAUUAAAUAAUUUAUUUAUAAUGAUCUUAAA